AGAAAGCUCCCUCUUACGUCUGCUGUGAAGCCAGCGUUUCGCGAACAAUUCCAAGAAAAAGUCAUAUCUUGCUGCUCUGACAUAAGGACAAUAGUAUUCUCUAGUCAAUUAUUCGUUAACUCCAAGAAAGACAGUAAAGAAGCCAACAAAGACAGGUCUAUUCCUGAUGUAUUCUGCCAGCAAUUCUGGUAUUCAGUAGGUCAGCUAGUAACGGGCAAGCAAGUUACUCACAAAACGGCAUUAUCCGAGAACAUAAAACAGUAUUAUACAGACUUCAAGGCAAAGUUCCCUACUAUCGAAGUGAAACACAAGCUGACCGUGGGAUAUAGUCAUUGCCUUACAGAGGCAGCGAAGGAAUUGAGUGUCUCUUACACGAACUCCAUUGUAGAGCGCUUCGAGCAGCGCUUAACAAAGUUCCUUACUUACAAAUUGAGAACUAUGCUCCCGAAUAUCAAACGCACUGAUGCACAAAGAAUUGUACAGCUGUAUUGUUACCAAUCUGUCUAUCAUGGUCAUCCUCAUUGGCCAGAAAGCCUCGAGCUGGCGGCCGUUGACAAAAACCGAAUUGAAUUACUCUGCAAACAAUUUGAAAAGUUCAUUCCAGGAGAAGUAACCCUCGUUUCUCUUUCUGCUGCUCCUGCAAAGUUUGUUAAUGCGUUAUGGAACAUACAGUUUACGUACGAGCAAGAACAUAUACAGAAUAAACCGUACGAUGUCCGUGUCCUACCACUUCCUCAGCGUUUCUUUCUCUUUCCUACUCCAUCGCUGAAAUGGCGUUUCAUCGCGAUAAGUAUAAACGCUCUUACACCCUUCAUGUUUCCCGGAAAAGUUGCCAAGGGUUAUACAGCCCAACUCGAACAAUUCUGUAAAGUCUUCGACUUCAAAAAGUUUGGCUUUAAGAGGUAA